GCAGGAAAUGCUGGAGGAGAGUUGAGGAAACGGGCGCUUGCGUACCGACAGCGCAUGUUAGCCACUAAAUCAAACAACAGCAUUUUAAAUGUAUUUUUCAACGCCAUAGGAGACAUAUCGCAGAAAUGGAGGUUCUUGAACCAACAGAGAAAAUGAACGACCCAAGCUUGCCUCUGUCAUCUCUUCGCCUCCUGGUGCCUCCACUGCAGCUGCUGUCUGCCGCCAUGUGGCAGCUGGCGAAGCAAAAAGAUGUGAUGAAUUACAAUAAGCUUCAGGAGUUUGUGUUCAUGGUAACAGAGGCAGUGCCCGGACUGAUAAACCACAGACAGAGAGCUCAGCUGAUUCUGGGCCUGAGAGCAAGAUUGAUUCUGGAGCUAUGCAAAGGCUCCACUCGAGGUUCGGUUGAUUCCCAAGUUAUCCAAACCCAUUUAGAGAAACUCCCCGUAACCUCUGCAAACACAGAUUACAGGGAUGCAGAGGUGAAAACAACAGAGUCCACUUUCAUUGCUCUUGUUCAGAGCCUGCUGAAAGAUCCAGUUGAGAGAGCGUACUUCUUCCAGGAGGUAUUCCCUGUAGAAUAUGGCCCACAAUACGAUGCUGCCCUGCAUGUGUUAUUGUGGGAGCUGCUCUCAAAACUGGAAAAGCUGCUUCCAGUACCAGACCUUAAACAGACUGCAGCCUGGCUGGGCUCUGCUCCCUCUGCUUUGGAGGAAUGUGUUCAGUCCACAACUGUAGAGCUGAACUUAAUCUUCGAGCACUACAAGAGUUCAGGACUAUUGAAAAUGCCCUAUGGCCCUUCGUCCACCAUAGGUAGCUGCAUCAUGUCUGCUUUAUCAAUUCCUCCCUCGCAGAAAACAAACAUCUCAGUUGGACUGGAAUCGAUCCACAACUAUGCUAACGUGCUAAACCCCGUCACUUUAGUCAGAGCAGAUCAGUACAGCGUCGUGGCCGUCUACACCGAAGUUGAAGUCGGAGCGUCGGAGGUGGAUGAAGAAAUGAUUGAAUCAGCUGAAGUGCAAGUCCAGACAGAUUUCUAUGAAGAAGAGAUAGUGGCUGUAAGCGCAGAAAUCGCUGGCAGUGAGGAGUCUACCAGCUUGAAGGCAGAUGAGACAAGUGAAACUGUGGAUGUUGCCAAAGCUCUGGAGACUCUGACAAAAACGUUUGCGUUAAGGAAGGAGAGCCUUGGUCCAGAUGUACUGACAGGAAAGACUAAUGACUCAAAUAAUGAAUCAACUGUUAAUGAGGAGACUGGCUUCGGAAAUACAACAAAUGAAGAAAAAACACUUGAAGGACUUGAAACAAGCGACCAGACUGAUGAGCAAAGAAAAAACAUUGUUGAAGAGGUGCAGGAGGAUUUCCAACCUGAAUGCACAGAGAGCAACAUGAACUCUUGCACAGAAUUAAAGGAUAAUAAUGAAUCCUUCUCUGUCCAUGAAGAAAUGACUGAUGUCUCCAAUGAACUCUCUGAAACACAACAGUCUUCCUCCUCAGCUAAUGUACGCAGAUCCUCUCGUCUGCAAAUGAAGACUUCGCCAAGUUGGCAGGAGACGAGUAAAUUCAAGAGAUGGUCGAAAGAAAACAGCGAAGAACCAAAAAUGAGCAGAGCUGAUGUAUCAGCUGCCCCCUCUGUGAUAGCAAUCAAAGGAACUGACAAAGGUGAUUCGGAUGAGAUGACCUCCAUCAUCUUCACCUGCUCAAAGUGUCCCUUCCACAACUCCGAGGAAAACAGCCCUCCUCACUUCCACAUGCAGAGUGUUCGCACUGAACUAUACAGGACUCUCUCGGGAGCUAAAUUUACACCGUCUCCUUCCAGCACAGAUGAAAUUUUUACAUCAAUUAAACUUUUUCCCAAAGGAAACACGGAGCAGAGCAAAGCAGAACAGCCCGAUAAUCAGAACAUCAAGGACGGCAAAGUAAAUGUCUCUCAGUCCCACAGCAGACAGAAGGCCCUCACAUGUGAAACAUGCGGUAAGACGUUCACCCGUACGUCAGACGUCCGGAGACACCAGCUCACUCACACGGGGGAGAGACCGUUCCACUGCUCACGGUGUGACCGCACCUUCCAGCACUCGUGGGAUCUGGCGAAGCACGAGAGCAAACAUCACAACGUGGCCAUCUCCUUUUCCUGCCAGCUGUGCGGGAGCUCCUUCGCCAACCUGCGAGCGUUAACCGUCCACCAUAAGAAGUCUCACUCGCAGGAGAGCCAGCUGCCUCAGAUCUGCUCCAUCUGCAGCCAGAGCUUCCCCACUCCCUCUGAGCUGCUGGAGCACAGGAAAUCCCACGUCACCAGUAAACGCUACAUCUGCCAAAAGUGCGGCGAGGGUUUCGAUUCCCUGCUCGCGCGCUCCCAGCACCGGCAGAUGCAUCAGGUGAAGCGUCAGUUUAAGUGCCCGCAUUGCGAGAAGACGUACACUCGCAGGUCUGAUGUGAAGAGACACCUGUCAACCCACACAGGAGAGCGACCUUACCAGUGUAACCAGUGCAGCAAACGGUUCUCGCUCCGCUUCAUGCUCAUGAAGCACCUCCGUGUUCACACAGGCGAACGGCCUUUCCAGUGCUCCCACUGCCCCAAGAGGUUCACCCUGGUGUCUGUGCUGGCCAGACACGAAAGGAUGCACACCGGGGAGAAGCCGUUCCUCUGCUCCCAGUGCGGGAAGGGCUUUUUGUCACAGGGAGAGCUCUCCAAACACCACAGGUCACACGUGGACGACAGGCCCUACUCCUGCCCUCAGUGCGACAAACGUUUCAAGAGCAAGAAAACCCAGCAAGAACACAUCGUCUCCCACACCGGCGCCCGCCCGUACCCCUGCACCUACUGCGGGAAGGGCUUCACCAAACCGUACGCUCUGACCAGACACAAUCUCAUCCACACAGGAGAAAGGCCGUUCCCCUGCGGCCACUGUGAGAAGUCGUUCCUCACCCUCAGCGAGGCUCAGCUGCACCAGCGUAUUCACACGGGGGAAAGGCCGUAUCCCUGCAACAUGUGCGAGCUCAAGUUCAAGAGCUCGUCAGAGCUGGCACGACACAAGCGCAGCCAUUCGGGGUUGAAGCCGCUGAAGCCACACUGUGAGCGGUGUAUGAAAACAUUCACAUCCAAAGCAAAACUGAAGAAACACAUGGAGACACACAGGGAGGAGGGAGAAGCAGAACAGUCUUUGGACUCUAUAGAGCCUGAACAAUCCAAUAAUAGAACAAAUAACUCAAUGGUUAAAUUAGUAAAAUAGUGGCGAGGAGUAUUGUUUCAGGAUGCUUGAAUUUAGAUGUUUAGCUUCAUCACAUGUAUCAAGUUCCAA